GCCUCUAAUGAAAGGGGGUGUGGCGAUCAGUUUCUCCAGUGAAGGGAGGAGCUGGCACAGCAAAAAAAAAAAUGCAGCAUUUCUCCAUCCCCCAUGCACUAAUUGGGUAAACCACAUUUUUUGUUAAAAUACUAAUCUCAAACAUGUCCCCCUGUUAGCACUGAUCCAUGCAUUUUUGGAUGUUCUCUGCCUUGAGUGGGCGAGCAGACGCGAGGAGCUCCAUCAGUGUCGCCAAAUAUGAUGGCAUCUAUGUGUUAGGAUGAGAAGUCCAGUGCCGCGUUUCAGGGACGUCGAGAGGCAGGGCAGUGGCCUCCAGCCUGUACAAUGUCUUCCUCCCUAUCAUGAGCGACAGAAUAACAUGUGGUUCAUCCAAGAUGUCUGCGGCAUCGUUUGUGCGAUCAUCACCUGGCUUCUUGUCUUCUUUGCUGUGUUCGUUGUGCUGUUCGUCAUGCUGAUUCCAUCGAAGAACCUCACCUACAGCCUGGUGAAUGGCACACUCUUCAACAGCCUGGCCUUCCUUGCUGUGGCAUCUCAUUUCAGAGCCAUGUGCACUGACCCGGGAGCUGUACCAAAGGGCAACGCCACAAAGGAGUACAUCGAGAGCUUGCAGCUGAAGCCAGGCCAGGUGGUUUACAAAUGCCCCAAGUGUUGCAGUAUUAAGCCGGAUAGAGCUCACCACUGCAGUGUUUGUAAGCGCUGUAUACGGAAGAUGGAUCAUCAUUGCCCUUGGGUAAACAAUUGUGUUGGGGAAAAUAACCAGAAGUACUUUGUGCUUUUCACAAUGUACAUUUCGCUGAUCUCUCUCCAUGCCUUGGUCAUGGUGGUCUUUCAUUUUCUCUACUGCUUUGAAGAUGACUGGACAAAGUGCAGUACCUUCUCCCCUCCAGCCACUGUCAUCCUCCUCAUCCUCCUGUGCUUUGAGGGCCUCCUCUUCCUCAUCUUCACCUCUGUGAUGUUUGGCACCCAAAUCCAUUCAAUCUGCACAGAUGAGACGGGCAUAGAGCAGUUGAAAAAGGAAGAGAGAAGAUGGGCUAAAAAAACAAAAUGGAUGAACAUGAAGGCGGUAUUCGGACACCCCUUCUCGAUAGCAUGGUUUAGCCCGUUUUCCACCCCCGACCACGGGAAAGCUGACCCCUACCAGUAUGUGGUCUGAGCUCAGGAAGCUUUAUGCUAGAGACUCAAAUAUGCCUGGACUGCCCUUAUAAACAGUAUCUUUUAAUUUGUAUGUAAUCCCAACUCAAACAGAGCAUAUACCAAUGAGAAUAAAUCCCCUUCAUCUUUCAGGGAACAAAUCAUUGCAUAUCCAAUUAUCCUUGCCUCUAUUUAUUUUAAUUCAGAACAGAAAGUGGAUGCUUUAUCAUGUCAUAAUCUCAAGCAUCUCUGCCUAGCUACACCCAAAUGAAGAUGAAUGUUGCGCAGAUAAUAGAAGCCAAUUUAUGCUAAUAUAAUCACUAUUGUAAUCUUGCCAGACUGUCCAGAAUGAUAACCUACUUUCUGAAGGUACUUUUAAACAAUGUUUAUAUAUAUAUAAAAUGUAAAAGGCUAUUUUACCAAGGAUGAUAACUGUAAUGAUAACUAUAAAUAAUUCUGGGAGAAUAGUGAAGUCCACACGACAUCUACUUUUUAAACAACAAUGACAUUAAGGAACAAUAUAAUUUGAAUCACUCUGAACUAUUUUUUUCCAGCUCAUGAAUUAUUAAAAACAGUGACAGCCAAUCAGAUGCUUUUAUAAGCACUGCUAUUAAGGACAUAUAGUUAUAGUUAUCCUUAUAUUUAUCAUUUUUGGUGUAAACAAGCCUUAAAAUUAUUGCCACUGGAUGUGUACAAAAUAUAAAAAGUAUAUAAACAAUAUAGGAAGUUUAACAGGGGUGUAAAUAUGUUCUGACAGCUUGGAUUCAAGUGAUUCUCAACUAAAUGAUGCACUGAUGACAUCUGAUCAUAAAUUGGUUUGAUUAUUUUUGAAAACGGUAAUAAGCAGGAAUGUAACUAAAGAGACCGUAUUGAUAAAUACCGAUAAAGCUAUACACAAUUUUCUUUUACAUCCACAAAUGACAGAAUUGAUCUAUUAUUAAAUUCCAUAAUCAGUGCAUUGUCAGCUCAUUUCUACACCCCUGAUUCUUAACAUUGAAAAUUAAUUCCAUUUAAAUUACAAUUACUUUAUAAAUGUAAAGAAUGUGAUUUGAGAAAUCAUGAGUACAUUUGCUAUUACAUAAGAUUUUGAUUAAUAACAGUACUGAUGUCACUCAGCUGCCCUAUAAGAUUUACUUCCUGCACUCAAUUUACACUCUGUACUUUUUUAGAUCUGAUUUAUGUUUCCAUAAACUUGGCUUGCAGAAAUGUUUAAGAAGGGAACAGACUUAAAAAAAAAAAAACUGUUUUUGAAAACGUUAUUGAUUUACCAUUGAUGCCAUUGUUGUGGUUAAUUGCAUUUGACAUUUAAUUAAUAUACAUUUUUUUUUUUAUGAUGAACAGGAUGAUAUGUGCUUGAACUUUUAGGUGUGUAUGAAACAGACACUCUGUUCUUCUUUGGCAAAUGGUAAAUAAUAAAAAGCCUGAACACUCGUCAU